CGAGGACACUGAUCGAUCUUCAUCUGUGAAUGAAGACAAACUUUUGAUGGAUGAGAGCCUUUAUAUGGCCGAUCACCCGGUCGACAUCGACUCCUCAAAAUCUGAGUCUCACCACAGCAACAUCUUGAGCGUUGUCGAUCAUGAACAAGAUAUCCAAUCCGACCACUCAAUUGUAGGAGUCGAAGCCAACGCUAUCCACGGAUCUCAACCGCACACUCUCCCACCCGAUGACCAAAACAUAGUCAUCUCCGAGAGUCAGAAGAUUGAUGAAACGCAACUCAUAGCGACUUUUGAACAACCUCCUUUAUCCAAUGCGCAAUCUAAAUCUACCGAUCUUCCAGGACACGCAGACCCGGUAAAUGUUAGCCUCUCAACCAGCCCGACGGAUAGCAACGAAUCCCGCACGGCAUCUCAGCAGGCUGAGCGUACGCUUCCUCAUUCACCACGUCCGAUCAUUCCGAUCCGACGAAUGCCUCGAGCUGAGGAGCAACUCCUCAAUCCUCGAUCUGUCGAAGAAAGAUCUAAGAUUUCGACUGGAAUACAAACUGACCUCAUGGCCAAUGGUCAAAUUCAAAAACCAACAUCGGACGAUGUCUUACGGCCUAGGAUCCGAUACCAAUCAGAUGGAACUUUUACUACUUUUGCUGUUGAUUAUCAUAUGACAUCAAUACGUUGCAAGAGAGGAAGAGAAGAAGACAAAGCACCGAUGAAGACAUCUGAAGAUAGUGACGAAAAAACUGAGGAUGAAGCAGUUGAGAUUGCUCAAGAGAAAGAAGAAGUGGAAGUGGAAGUGGAAGAGGAUCGUGUACCCAAGAGACGUAAAUUGGCAGGUUUCAUCCCAUCUGUGAAAUCAUUGGCUAUCUUUGCUCUAGGUGGUGUGGCUACUGUUGCUGGGAUUUUAGCCUUUGAAGAUAUUUGAAGAUCUAUAAUCGGUUGUUUGCAAUAUCGAAGGAUUAUCAUUCAAAUAGGGAAAAUGAAUUUGACUAUAUUUGUUGUACAUGUAAAAAAAGCUCAAGGGUUCCAUUUUUUCUUAUCUGCAUAGUUUUAAGCGUGUAUGUGUCUUUGUUGUUGAGGGAUGAAGUGCAAUUAGUUUUGAAUUGUUGUAUUGUUCUAAUUGUACGUGAUCCGAUGAUUUUUUUUCUGGUUUAUUGGUCUGACAUAUUAGACGAGAUGAAGACUGAUGUUUGAAAUUCUAUUCCACACAUUCUCAAACAUUGGAUCAAGAGAAAGUUGCUAUAUCAUUUUUUCAGUUGGUUUAUAUUUUUGUUAUAUUACUACAUACAUGAUGUUGUGGGAUUAUUUGUUUGAAAGGAGAUUUGGCAUGU